UUGUUUUUCGUUUUGUGAAAAACUAAUAGGAAAAUUAACGUGACCUGUCUGCAAGGUGAUCUCGAUUGGAAAAAAGUCUACGGUAUGUAAUGUUUGGGAGACAUUUGACCAUCACAGGGCCACGCCAGUUGAGGACCAUUGCAGCUAGAAAUCUUCACCUGACUGGGGCUUCUUACCAGGCCACUGAUCCUAUCCAACAACUGUUUGUUACUAAAAUUAGAGAGUAUGCCAACAAGAAGAAACAGCUUAAACCAGGAGAGGUGUUGGUAGAUGCUUCACCUGAAGUAGUACAGAACUACAAUGACAGUUUAAACAGAAUCUAUAAAAUGUACAGCCUAACUAAAGCCAACGCAACCACUGUCCCUGAACUCCAAUUUCAAGAUAAAGCAGUCCAAGUUAUUGAGCUUGAUAGCGUAAGUAUGGACAAUUUCACGCCAGAAUUUCCGGAGGAUAAGAUAGAUCUUUCUGCAGAGAACCCCAAGGUUGGUGACCUCCACAUGCGAGUGCUAGGCUUUGAUCCCGAGAGAAAUGCUCCAGACGAUGUACCCUCAAAGAUUGCAGUGUGAACUACAGACCAUGUAUAGGAAAACUUUGACAUUAAAUUCAUAGAACUUUAUAUGGUGACUUGAUUUGUGCUGAAAUAAGUCUAAUCAGAUAUUGUAAAGUAUUGAGCUGUUGACAGAUGUUGGUUAUGAACAUAGAGCAAAAAUAAAUCAUUGGAAUAAA